GCCCAUAUGGCUAUGGCCUAUGGGUGGCGCUUAGAGCGGUGUGAAGGGGGAGGUGGAGACGAUGACUCUGCGCUCGCGCCAGCCAGACGCCAUCCGUAGCCGUCUCUGUCUCUGUCCGCUGAGACUAUUCAAAUUAAUUGUAUCUCACUAAUAUCACACUCCCUCCUAGUAAUCCUCCGUUACGUCGUCCCCGAGUCAAUCAGUCAACACCAACCCCCGCAAUAAAUUCAACCCAACCAACCAUUUCCCACCCCCACUCAUCCAAAUUCUCAAUCCUCCACCAUUCGCGGCGGAUCAUGGAGCCGUCCACCACCCCGGCCGACGCCUCGGAGCACGAGAAGAAAGCGGCGGAGUCCAUGGAGGUGGAGAAGAUAUUCGAGUCGAAGGAGGUGCCGGCGUGGCGGAGCCAGCUGACGGUGAGGGCCUUGGCGGUGAGCUUGGUGCUGGGGGUGAUGUUCACCUUCAUCGUGAUGAAGCUGAAUCUGACCACCGGGAUCAUUCCAUCGCUCAACGUGUCGGCCGGUUUGUUGGGCUUCUUCUUCGUCAAGACCUGGACUAAGUUCCUCGACAGGUCCGGCCUCCUCCGGCAGCCCUUCACCCGCCAGGAGAACACCGUCAUCCAGACCUGCGUCGUCGCCACCUCCGGCAUCGCCUUCAGCGGGGGCUUUGGGAGUUACCUUUUUGGCAUGAGUGAAGUAGCUGCCAAACAGUCAACAGAAGCUAAUAGUGCACAGAAUAUAAAGAACCCAGCAUUGGGGUGGAUGAUUGGCUUUCUCUUCAUCGUUAGCUUUCUUGGACUUUUUUCAGUUGUGCCUCUUCGGAAGAUAAUGAUCAUAGACUUCAAAUUGGUUUAUCCAAGUGGCACCGCUACUGCUCACCUUAUCAACAGCUUCCACACUCCUCGAGGAGCCAAGCUGGCAAAGAAACAAGUCAGGGUUUUGGGCAAGUUCUUCUCUUUCAGCUUUUUGUGGGGCUUCUUCCAGUGGUUCUUCACUGCAGGGGAGAACUGUGGAUUUGUUAAGUUCCCUACAUUCGGUCUCAAGGCCUAUAAAAACAGGUUUUACUUUGAUUUCUCGGCAACUUAUGUUGGGGUGGGGAUGAUCUGUCCAUAUCUAGUCAAUGCAUCUUUGCUAGUUGGAGCAAUCCUCUCAUGGGGCAUAAUGUGGCCACUUAUUGAAGACAAAAAGGGGCAUUGGUACCCUGCAGACGUUCCUUCAACCAGCCUCAAUGGCCUGCAAGGUUACAGGGUGUUCAUAGGAAUAGCUCUGAUCCUUGGCGAUGGCCUCUACAACUUUAUCAAAGUCCUCGGUCACACUCUAUUUGGUUUGUACCGCCAAUUCCGUGUCAAUGACCAAGGCAACGUCAAUGUCAAUGUCCUCCCAGUGGCGGCUAGUCACUGCCCACCAUCGGAUUCUUACUCAUCUUAUGACGACAAGUGUCGGACACAACUCUUUCUCAAGGAAGAAAUUCCAACAUGUUUUGCCGUUGUUUUCUAUGUGGGCAUUUCCAUUAUCUCUGCUGCAACUCUUCCACACAUCUUCCCCCAACUCAAGUGGUACUAUAUUGCGGUCAUUUAUGUCUUUGCACCAGUACUUGCCUUCUGCAAUGCUUACGGUUCAGGGCUCACUGACUGGUCCUUGGCAUCCACGUACGGGAAGCUAGCAAUCUUCACAAUUGGGGCAUGGGCAGGGGCCUCUGAGGGUGGUGUCCUAGCCGGAUUAGCAGCGUGCGGGGUGAUGAUGAACAUUGUCUCAACUGCAUCCGACCUCAUGCUGGACUUUAAAACUGGUUACAUGACCCUCACCUCACCACGAUCCAUGUUCGUGAGCCAAGUUGUUGGAACUGCAAUGGGUUGUGUUAUUUCUCCUUGUGUCUUUUGGCUCUUCUACAAGGCUUUUGAUGAUCUUGGCAUCCCCAACUCGGAAUACCCUGCUCCAAAUGCCCUUAUCUAUCGCAACAUGUCAAUCUUGGGUGUCGAAGGAUUCUCAGCUCUGCCAAAGAACUGCCUCAAGCUUUGCUACGUAUUUUUUGCUGCAGGUAUUGUUAUAAAUGCUAUCAGAGAUACAGUGGGAAAAGCAAGGGCAAGGUUUAUUCCUAUUCCCAUGGCAAUGGCAAUACCCUUCUAUCUUGGAUCCUACUUUGCUAUCGAUAUGUGUGUUGGGAGCUUGAUACUAUUCGUUUGGGAAAUUAUUAACAAGGCCAAGGCUGAUGCAUUUGGACCUGCAGUAGCUUCUGGAUUGAUUUGUGGGGAGGGGAUAUGGACUUUGCCCAGUUCAAUACUGGCACUGGCUGGGGUGAAUCCACCCAUCUGCAUGAAGUUUCUAUCAAGGACUGCAAAUGCAAAGGUUGAUGCUUUCUUAGGUUCCAACUAGCCAGCAAUUAUAGGCUGUAAUUUACAGCUUCCGGUUUCAUGUCUCUGUAAUCUUUUUUGUUUCCUUGUCUUUCUUUGCGUCUCUUCUUGUUGGAAUCUGGCUCAAUUAUAUAUGUAUAUAUAUAUAUAUAGAUAUAUAAGUGUGUAACAUGUAUUGCGCAUGGCAGAGAACUUCUAAUUAUAUCAAGCAUUCCAGCUUUAUAGUUGGCCAGCU